AUUUUUAUUAUCAUAAAAAGAUCAUUAAACAUUAUAUUCAAUACAGAGAUACAGGUACUAGUUGAUAAGAGAAUAACAUUAGCUCAAUUGAAGGAGGAGCUAGUUCCACUGAUUGGUGUACCACCUACUGGUUUUAGUGUGUAUAAAACCAAUGGUUAUGGAUUGAAGAGACUGGAUGAGAUAUUAAUGAAUUUAUCUGAAUCAAAGUUGAUAGUAAGAUUGGGCAGAGAAUUACAAGAAGGAGAGCACAGAAUUAAAUUAUAUUUAUUACAAGUUAACAGUAUAGAAUUUUGUAAGUAUAUGAUGGAGUCUAUUGUUGCUAAGAGUACACCAAUGAGAAACUUUAAGAAACAAAUUAUUGAAGAAGCAAAAGUACAAGGAAUUGACUGUGUCCUUGAAUUAGACAAAAUGAGAUUACGUUCAAAGAAUGGAGUGUCCCCUGAUAUAGUAUAUUAUUCUGAUGAUUGGACUGUUGCUGGUAGCGAUAGCGAAAUGUAUGUGGAACCAUUGACAGGACCAGAGAAGAAGCUUUUGCAGACACAGGCAUAUGUUAUAAGAUGGCGUCCAUCACAAUGUUCAGUUGAUCCAAUAGAAGAUAUUAUACUGGAUGAUAGAUAUGAUACUAAGUUUAUUAUUGAAAAGCUGUCGGAGUUAAGCGGAGUUCCUGCUGAGUAUAUCUCUUACACAGAGGGUGAAUCAUUUCCAGUUGAGAUAUCAUGUCUUGAUAUUGAGAAUAAAUUGAAAUGGUAUUCCAACACUUCAGACAGAUACUCAUUAGGACUAUAUGGUGAUGGAUAUGUCAUAUAUUACAAAGACAAUAGAGAGACAAUGAAAGAGUUAACAGAUAAAGAGAGAUCAGAAAUACAAGAGGCAGAGGAAGCAAGGUCAGUAAACCUCAUGUUUCAUCAUGUACAUGUACAAUCAGUUAAUGAUUACCUUUACUUUAGUGGGUUAAGUAUUGUAUCCAGUCUUCAAGAGGAGAAUGAUUCAUUGCAGACGAUGUUACACCCACAGCCUGAUGCCUUGAGACCGCUCUAUGUUUAUGAGUCUAAAAUGGUGUAUGGGCAAGGGUAUAUGAGUUGA